AGUAAUCUUUGCUAGAAUGAAAGGAAAUGAGAGAUAAGAUUCACUUUGGCCUAUGAUAUCUUAUUGCAUUAUCACACUCAUAUCAGGUCAUCCUUUUUGCAACUGUCAUUUUCUAAACCUUUUUCAAAUGCAAAUCAUGCUAGUCCUUCUGUUAGGGGUGAGAAAAACAAUAGCUAAGAGGAAGGAAAGAGUUCCUAAAAUAAACUUCUAGACAGGGUUGGGUUUGUUUUAGUGACUUCAGAGCCACAGUUUAAUAAGCUUCAUAGUCCUGGAUCCUGGCAAGAUGAGGAGUCUGCUCCAUCAGGUGAAAAGUAUGUCACCACUUCUGGGAAAUAACAGUUCAUAUGAGCACGUGGAAAAUGUCGGACUGUAUAAUUCACCAGAAUCCAUUGUAUCCCUUGUUAUCUUCAUCCUUGUCUUCAUACUGGGUCUGCCAGGCAAUGGCUUGGUCAUCUGGGUUGCAGGCAGGAAAAUGAAGCGGACUGUAAACAGUGUUUGGUUCUUGAACCUUGCCGUGGCUGACUUCCUGUGCUGCCUUUCUCUGCCUUUCCACAUCACUCAUCUGAUCCUCCAUGACGACUGGCCAUAUGGCUCAUUCCUUUGCAAGGUAAUCCCGUCAGCCAUUAUCUUCAACAUGUUUGCCAGUGUUUUCCUUCUUACUGCCAUCAGCAUUGACCGCUACCUCUUGGUAAUGAAGCCAGUCUGGUGUCAAAACCAUCGCACAGUCAGGUUUGCGUGGGUGACAUGCGCUAUCAUCUGGAUCCUGGCUUUUGUUAUGUGCUCUCCAGUCUUCCUGUACCGAGAGACCUCUGCAGAUAAAUCUGGCAAAACAAGGUGUGACUACAACUAUGGAGAUGAAGAAUUUUACGAGUACACGUAUAAUGGCAAUGAUUCUGACUUUCUUUGGGACAAGGAUGUAGGGGACUACCCAACUGUGGAGCCAACUGGAACCCAUGAUGACACCUUCUUAACUUAUCAGCUUCCUGAUGAACACCUGGAUUUCCAAAUACCCACCCGUCCCAGUGCUUCUACCACCAUUAGCCCACCCUCAUUCAGUCUUCCCCAUUCGGUGGUACCAAAUCACCUUGAUGCUACAGCUGGCACAAAUUCAUCUACAGUGUCUUUUGCUCACCCUGAUUUCAAGUCCUCUGAGCCUCCUGACAGCCCUCCUGAUGUUGACCUAUUCACAAUGACCAAUGUCAUCAUCCCUUUAGAGUUAUCUGACCUUCCUGGUGGUCCUUCUGACAGGUUCAAUGAUGGAAUGUAUUCGCUGGAGAAUACAAUGGCAGAUUACAGUGAUUACGUCCCCCAAAGCAGCUUGUCAGUCAUCACUUUGACUAUCACUAGGACUGUCUUUGGCUUCCUUCUCCCUUUUGGCAUAAUGGCAGCUUGCUAUGGCCUUAUUGCCUUCAAGAUGCACGCAUCGCAAUUUAAGAAGCCCCGGGGUAAGACCUUGCAAGUGAUUGUGGCGGUGGUGGCUGCACUCUUUGUCUGUUGGGCUCCGUACCACAUAGUUGGCAUAUUGCUCCUGACCGUGAAGCCUUACACAACAUUAUGGAAUAUGCUCCCACUCUGGGACCACCUCUCAAUUGCCUUAGCUUAUGUCAACAGUUGCGUCAAUCCGGUGCUCUAUGCAUUUGUGGGGCGGGACUUCAGGGAGAAGGCUCGACUAUCACUGAAGGUGAUCUUGGAGCGUGCCUUGAGUGAGGAAGUUACACACACAAGUGCCUAUUCCCGUGACAUGGCCAAGACCUCAACAGACAAGGAUAUCAGCAGUGUCCUAUGAAAUGGGUCUUUUCACUGGCAUUGGAAAGGCAGAGAGCCAGCCAAAGCCCCCCCCCCCCCGGACUUUCUAUUGAAGGACUACAGAGCCAUAACAAGCUUAACUAUAAUCUACUGGGGACUAGGACACUUCAGAGCAGGCUAGUCUCCUCCUUUGACACCUUCCUACUGAGAAAAGGGAGGUGGGGGAUACUGGGAAAGCGACCUAAGGGGUAAGGAAGGAGGGAGGCAGGGAUAGAGAGACCUUUACCUCACCAUUUAAGGAGAGAAGGGCAUAUGUGGAAGGAGACAUGGUGGGGUCGUGCAGCUUAUCCUCUGCAUUGCUGAUUGAGAAUGCCGCUGAAGACCAUGGAUCUAUUAAUCUCCAGUCUGUCUCCUAUACCUGCUACAUUACAGAUGAGAUUGCAUUGAUACAUCUCCUUAUUAUGUUACCCGAACCUCCCCCACCCUUCCUUAGGACCCCUGAACCUUCCCUGUAGCAGAAGCUGAUGGAGGGGGAGGGGAGGACCAGCUUUCCUCACAAGUGUUGUACCCCAAACAUGCCCACUGAGCAAUGAAAGCUGACUUUAAUGCCAGUAUUCCUGGGGUCACUGUGUAUUGGUUUACUGAAAGUUCCUGUCCUACAAGAAAGUCCCCAAAGGGCCAGGUCCCCUUAUUGCAGGCAGGAGCUCAUUAGAUCUAGGACCCACCUUUUGGGAGAAUGGAGUGAGAUGCAUCAACAAGGCAAAGGGAACUGAAGUAUGUCACACUACUCAUAGAGAUGUGCUUAUUCUGUCUGGAGUUGCUUGGAUGCCCAAACCUAAUCAGAGCAGGGAGGGACAACUUUCCAAGAGGAAAAUCUGAAUGGGUGAGUCAGGUAAGACUAAAACUGUGCUGAACUCAAGUUGUCUUGGAAAGUAUUGCCCAACUUCCACCUGUACAUUACCAUUAGACUCAGAUGGGCAUGUGAGAUACAGAGGAAGGCAUGCAGCCAUGUAGAGUGCUAGAACUUAUCUGCACCCACCUAAUCCUGCUAGUCCUCUCAAUGCAAAAAGCUAAAUCAAAACUGUGGUUUGGCCCUGAUCUAGGGCUUCACAGAUCUUAAGAGCAUUCUGAGUCUGAAUUUGGUUCAAAGAGGGAAGUGCAAGAUGCACAGGGAAAAGCCACAAACAAGGGAGCACAUGGAUAGCUGCUCCCCCCCACCCUUUUGUUGGCUGGCAGUGCAAUGUGUAUAGCUAGCAACAGCAAAGCCCAACAUGGGUGGGAUACAACUGCCACAGAGUUUUCCCUGCACGGCAGUUCCUGGGCCCUUGGGAUUUCAGAGAGCUGUGAUCCAGGAAAGAGUUCUAUGUCUGUCUUGCACAGGGUAAUUGAUACCACUGAAGUCAUGGUAUCAAGAUGGCCCCGGUCAGAGGACACCAUUAGGAUAAUUUGUGCGGGCACCCCUCAUACCAGCAAGAGAAGCCCAUUACACUCCAUAGCGAUGCAAGAGGCAUCAGACAGGCUGCCAGAUCAAUAUCUACCUAACCUGCACUGGGGUUGAUACUGCUUUGUCACCUCUCACAAGCUAAGCUCAGGAGCUACGUGUCUUAGGCUCAGGCCACAGGCAGAAAAGGGGUGUUGUCAACCUCCAGGCUGUGUACUCCACAUCCAUCAGCACUGCUGGUACCAAGGCCUUCGUGCCCACAUGAAAAGUGUUUCUGUUGAGUUCAGUGUCUGCAAGACAGAUGUUUCCUGCAUCCUCUUGGAAAGCAGGUGCAGCGGGGGAAGUUCCUCUGCACAGCCUGCUUGCUGCGUCUGGAGCUCAGAAGUUUCCGCUGGUAGAGAGCAGAAUGAGCCCCUCUUUGCCGUUCCAGGAAAUGGUGCAAGACACAUCUCUUCCGAGUCAGUCCUCCACAAAGGGGCCAAUGAUAGACAAUCCCAGUAUCUGAAGACAGGACAUGGAAUUUCUGUUCUCUCAGACAGAAUUUAUGGUAUCGUGUGUGUGUGUGUGUGCGCGUGUGCGCGCACUGUUGUCUACAAACAUAUUCAAUCUUUCUAUAGCAUCCUUCACCACACCUACACAAAGAAUCUGACCUGGCUUCUCUGCAGGGCAUACUUUUAUUUUUAGAGAGAAUUGUAGGGAGAAAGGGAAAACUUAAUUUUCUGCACAGCAGAAAGGCCAGAAGAUCUGAUACCAGGGAGAUGAGCACACAGUAAGCACACAAACUGUUUCCUACAUAUUUACCCAUUAUCUUUGGGGUAGUUUUCACACAGCCUUCCUCCUGUUGGUCAUACAUACUACUUUUAAGAAGAAAGAGCUGAGAGCCUCCCUGGCCUAUGAGAUGCCACACUUUUGAUAGUGGAGCACUUAAACACUCUGCCACAACCUCCCCUUACCCUCCCCAACAACUUAAGGAAGUCUCAAUUUUGCAUGAGACCUUACCACAGGCAGUAAAAGUAGAAAAGUCCCACCCGUGUCUUUAUAAUAAAAAGUCAACCACUCCUGUGUUGAACCCAAGCAGCCGCCACUGAAAAAAUAAAUUUGAUGCUGGCUCCAAGAGGGUUAAACCAUAAACAUUCACUUUUUGUUUUUAUUAAGAAAGCAUGCACAAAAAUAAACUCGUGAGACCACGCCCCCCUCUUCCCUACCCUUGACACAAAGCAUCGUAGGCUGCACGGCCAUGGAAGGACGCGACGAGCGAAGAGCUCCUCCCCACAGCAGGCCAAUCUCCGCUGAAUGCACCCCUUUGCUCCUGCGCAGUGCAGAGUUCCAGUGCCCUGCCUUUAACUCCAUGUGUCCGAGCCAAUGCCAUCCCGCUCGCUGACGAUGCACAUUUAUUUCAGAGGGUGUUGGUGGGGGGGUGAGGCUAAUUUGCACACUGACCGGCAUGUAUUUACAUAUGCAAACAAGGCGCAACUGAAUACGCAAAACAAGG